AUGCGAAUAGGAACUUGGAAUGUCAACAGCUUUGUCAACAAGACCUCGGAAGUUACAUCAGAGAUGGCUAGGUUCAACCUAGAUAUAGUUGUUCUUUCUGAAACGAAGAAGAAAGGGAGAGGAAGUGAACAUCUCGACAACUUCCUUCACUUCUGGUCUGGGAUAGAUAAGGCAAAACGAGCUCAAGCUGGAGUAUCGGUACUGAUUGCGAAAAAAUUAUCUAAAUUUUACAAGAAUUACAACGCUGUCAACGAAAGAAUAGUAACUGUCACCUUGACCAUUUUCGGAUUGGAAACCGUAAUAAUAGGUACUUAUGCGCCCACAGAUGAUUCAAACCAAGCGGAAAAAGACUCUUAUUAUGCUGCACUCUCAAAGUCCUCACAGAAAUAA